AAUCUAUGACUAUAUCGAAUACCUAGAAAUAUUUUACCCCAUAAUCAAGAAACUUUUGAAGAAUCUCGUGUAUCACCUGGAAGGUGAAAAUUCUAUCCACUUGUUGGGUUUAACCCAAUAGGAAGUCCACAUCUGCGAAGUCGGUCGGUACCAAAGGCUCAGCGUCUGAGUAAGUUCAGAGUUGGAGUUCGAGCAGCCAAUUUUUCUUAAAAACGCGGAAUCGCCCGAGAGCGCAGUGUCAUUACCAUCUUUGACUACAACAAAGCCUUGUUAACGAAGCUCUUAAGGUAACUGAAGUCAAUUCAUCCAGGUGGAUCAACCAACAGGGUCACAAACAAAGAGCCAAUCAAAACAAGAAAAGAUGACUUUCACGAAGAAUAUUCACUGGGAUAGGCAACUUUAGAUUUAGGGAUUCUAAAGGCAAAGGUGUGAAGCAGAACGCUCGUUACGAAAUAACGACUGAAGUCAGACAGUUUAGAAAGGCAAAAACUACAACCAGAAAGACAGCCGUUCAGACAUGCCUGGAGACGUGAAGAAAAAGAACACAGAUUCUGAGAAUUCAAGAAGCGACAACCAAAAAAAUAUAACCAAAAACGCGGACAAUCUGCUAAACGCAAGUGUUAAAGAAAAUGGACCAGAAUCAGAGAGUAGGAAGACAAGAGACGAGCAAGAGUCGGGGACCCUGAACGCUGAUGAGCACAAUAACAAGGCUGGCAAGGAACCCACUGGGUUCGAUCUAGACCCAAAGGUGGCAAAACUCGUCUUGAAAACGAGUGAAAGAGAAAGUGUGCCGGAACCAGAGACAGGCAGAAAAAAAGAUAAGGUAAAGAUUAAAAGCGCGCUUAUGAGCAACUACCAUUCAGAGAGUUUAAAGAACGAUCUGGAUAAAAUAAAGAAUAUGCUGAAAAGGGACGACCAUAAAAAAGACGCCUUUGAGCCUGCAGAUGUGAGAAAAAUAGAACUAAUAAAGAUUGAGCACAUACCAAAGAAAGAGGAUUGCAGCAAUACUACAGAAGGCUCCCAAAAAGGUGAGUCGUAUACACUCAGCACUCAAAAAAGUGAUGCUAGACAGGAUUUGAAGGAGACUAGCAUAGAAGCAGAGUGUCUGAAAGGAGCGGACAAAAAGUCGGAAAAAGGCAUGAUGAAUGAAGGUUCAUCUUUAGUGCUUGAGUCAGGGCAAUCCGAUGCAACGGACUGGGCUAAAAUGAAAACAUGUUCAAGCUUAGUAGAGGCGUCGUCAAUUGAAAGUACUGUGUCAGGCGUUUCCAAAAAAACGCCCUUGACGAAAUGCACUGCCAAGCGCGAACGAGAUGCCCAAAGUCCGGGGCAGUUCGAAGGGCAGGUGGAUAACUUGUCUUCUUCUAUCGAAUCGGUACCACCAAUCAAGGUCGGUAAAGGUCAGACGCCACUGAAGAAAGGCAGCCCAAGCGCUGAUCGUUCUCCUCGGGGGUCACCUACGAAGAUAGGUGGCAGGAAGAAAAGGCGGUCUGGUCCCUCGAAACCUGGCCUACGGAAUUACUAUAUUGCAAAGAUUGAGGUACUCGAGAACAUUGUGUCAUACAAGACAAGGAACCUUCGAAGACUUCAGGCACAACGAAACGAAUUGAAUGCUCAAGUGCGCGCUCUACGAGAGGAACUUGAACGGUUAAGAUACCGGGCCUCUUACGUUGGUGAGGUUGUUAAACGUAUUUCUGAAAACAAGGUAUUGGUUCACGUAAGUCCCGAGGAAAAGUAUAUCGUUGACGUUGAAGCUGAUAUCGACAUGAAACAGCUGACACCGAAUUGUCGAGUAGCUCUGCGCGAGGAUACUUACAAGUUACACAAGAUUUUGCCCGAUAAGAUAGACCCUUUGGUCUCACUUAUGAUGGUAGAAAAGGUGCCCGAUUCGAACUUUUCAAUGAUAGGCGGGUUGGACAACCAAAUAAAGGAAAUCAAGGAAGUGAUCGAGCUCCCCAUAAAACACCCGGAACUAUUUGAAGCGCUGGGUAUAACCCAGCCAAAAGGCGUUCUCUUAUAUGGGCCGCCGGGUACCGGCAAGACUCUGCUGGCUAGAGCCGUAGCACAUCAUACAAAGUGUGCGUUUAUUCGCGUUUCCGGCUCAGAACUUGUGCAGAAGUUCAUCGGAGAGGGGUCACGUAUGGUGCGCGACAUCUUUGUUAUGGCUAGAAAACAUUCACCUUCAAUCAUUUUCGUGGACGAGAUCGAUUCAAUCGGCAGUGCGCGAACAAUAGAAGCCGACAACGACAGCAAUGACUCUGAAGUUCACCGUACAAUGUUGGAAUUGCUUAAUCAAUUGGACGGAUUUGAGCCGACCCAAAAUAUCAAAGUGAUAAUGGCAACGAAUCGGAUUGACGUGCUUGAUCCUGCCCUUUUACGAUCGGGUCGUAUUGAUCGAAAAAUUGAGUUCCCACCACCUAACGAACGUUCACGUCUCGAUAUUUUACGGAUCCACUCCCGAAAGAUGAACCUUACCCGAAAUGUCGACCUGAAAAAGAUCGUCGAAAAAAUGGCCGGCGCAUCAGGUGCCGAGGUCAAGGCUAUCUGUACGGAGGCCGGUAUGUACGCCCUGCGAGAAGGCCGGAUGCACGUUACCCAAGAAGACUUUGAGAUGGCUGUGGUCAAAGUGUUGGUCAAGCGGGAUGCCGAAGAUGUAUCUGUCAGGAAAACCUGGAAAUGAUCGCUACCGGAUUUUAACCACGGAGGACGAAUAUACGCACAACCAAUAAACGAGCAGUAGUUAAAAAGAGAAUUAUGGAAUUGACGAGCGCCCUGAGACACUGGGCUGCGUGUGGAAUAUACAAUGCUAUAUAUGUAUAUAGCAUUGUAUAUUCUGUGUAUAUAUAAAUACAUGGUUUUGGUGCUUCUUUGAACAAACAAAUGUAAUCUGUAUGUGCUUUGCCUUUUUUGUAUGACUGUUGCACAGAUUGCCCCAGAGGGCAACGAUAUCCACAUGUUAAUAUGCUGAGACGUACCGUAGAACAUUGUGAAAGAUGCCUCUGAUCAUUGUAAAGCAUUAGAUAUACUCGAGUGGAACUGUCUUUAGACAGAUGACUGUAAAAUAAAUGUAAUGGUGUUUGAUACUAAAUCCGUCUCUUCGCAGCGUAAUACAUAAUCUGAUGCAUUCUUAACGCAGUCCUGUUUGGAGAGCUCGAAUGAUCUAUCGGAGAUUGUACAUAAGAAUAUAUAAAUCGUACAUUGAUUGACAGUAAACACUGAUGACAAGCUAAUUUGCUAAGUUGCUCGAUAUUUUAGACUAAAUUAAGUCAAAAUAUUAGCGGAUAUUUACUGAGCGUAUACGUGUAGCGUGUGGACACAACGCGUUCAAAAUUUAGCAGAUGUGAAAACCUAUACGAGUAUCAAAAUGUUGAAGUAGCACUAAUUUUAGCUAGUGACAUAAUCAGCGAUAUGUUCGAGGCUAGAUAAUUGAGCUAGGUAACCAUGAAUUUCCUUCCGGCUCUCGAUAUGCUGUAUGCGAUACAUAAGCUAGCUAACUACUGAA